AUGUGGUAAAAUUUUUGAUGAUUUCCCCUUUGUUUUUCUAAAUUCCUGUUUCAAAUUUGUAGCCAGCGACCGAAUAUUUGUACUGUACAUGGAAUGAGGCCAGUAUUUCGAAUCUGUGCUUUCGUAUAAGACCGAACUUCCAAUAUACGUAACCAAUGCAAUCUCUUUAUUGCGAGGAAGCUUGUACAUGGUGGAGCCUGGUCGCAGUGGUGCGAGUACAACCGUUAAAAUCAAGCAAAUUAGGACCGACAGUGGCUCUUCUCAUGAAAAAAAUGGGCUUCACUUUCGCAAAUUUCACGAUAGCGUCUGUACCGGUUUUUUCGUUAGUACCUUUUGCGAAUCUCAUUUCUUGAUUGACAGGACAGCAGCACCGGACCGACCUUCCCAUUGACAGCGCAUUGCGCGCUAAAGCCGCGAACGAUCGAGCAUCUGCACGCAAAUCUUGAAGACAAGAGCCACAGACCAAUCGUUGAGCUUUCCGCAAAGGUCACAACAGACGCUCCAGUCAGCAGCGGCCCAACGUCGCGGUCCUGGCCGCCAGAAGGGCAAAGAGCGAAUUGACAAUUUCAAGCUCACUUGACUUUGUGAGGUUUCAUAGUGGCUGGAUGACGAUGUGCAAUAGACAGCUUCAGGACAAUUUUAUGACCACUAGUAGCCAACAAAUGGCACUGAAUGCGACUAAAAACAAAAAUUGGAGGGCCAACUACCUGCGAGCGCUCAACAUCUUUACGCCGGACGUGAAGUGCAGUCAAUGUGGACCGAAUGAAAGUAACAGGGAUCAAUGUGCAACAGCGAACGGAAGACUCACAACGGAUGAGAGGUCGUGUCGGCUGGAUAGUCACAAUAAGGAUAGAGGACGGUCAGUUGUCUCAGUGUCAUCGUCUGCUUGGCAAAACAGCAAGUUAAGGCCGUCAUCUAAGAGCAAGCGAAACACAACGCCAUUAAAAGACAAGACGACCUCUUGUAUGCUUGGAAUGCGGUCGCAUUUAUUUCGACAGCGAAU